UGAUAAUCUCUUUUGUGACAAACAGUGAAUCAGUGAUACAGUGACUGACUGUUUGACUGUUUAACUGUUUGUCUCAUUUGAAUGAAUGGCUAAUCGUUUGCAAUGAUCUGACAAUUAAUAGCUUGGAUUAAGUGACUCGUGAUUGAAUGAGCGGUGGUUUACACGUUGUUAGCAGUGAUGACAGUAAGUGCUAUUGAUCUGUGAGUGCACCAAACAGUCCUGUCUGUCAUACACCACAAGUCAUACCCCUUUGAGAGCCUAUUGUCACACUAACUAAUCGGUGGUACGACUGGUGUGUGAGAUGUCCCGCAAUAAUGAUAACCAGAGCUUCAGUCAGACCUAUAAAUUGGUGGUCGUCGGGGGCGGAGGCGUUGGCAAGUCGGCGCUUACCAUCCAGUUCAUUCAAGUAUGUCACCACCACUACCUUGCUCAC